AUGGCUGAAAGAAAUAGCACCAGUGUAACCGAAUUCAUUCUUUUGGGCUUCUCAGUUCAUGGGGAGAUUGAAACUGUUCUCUUUCUGCUCAUUUUGGUGAUAUACACUCUAACUUUGGUAGGAAACAUUGGGAUGAUUUCAUUAAUCCGACUGGAUGCUCGGCUUCACACACCCAUGUACUUUUUCCUCAGUAAUCUGGCCUUGGUGGAUCUUUGUUACUCCUCUUCAAUAGCCCCCAAGUUCCUGGAGAGCCUCCUGACCCAGCACAGGUCUAUAUCUUUCUAUGCAUGUGCAACACAGCUGGGCUUUUUCCUGAACUUCUUGAUUUUGGAGAUGUUCCUUCUGGCGAUAAUGGCUUAUGACCGCUACGUGGCCAUCUGCAAUCCUCUUCUGUACAUGGUGAUCAUGUCCCAAAAGGUGUGUGUGCAGCUGGUAUCAGGCCCCUACUUAUACAGCUUUUCUGUUGCUUUGCUCCAUACAGUUGUUACUUUCCAGCUGGUCUAUUGUGGCCCCAAUGUGAUCAAUCACUUUUACUGUGAUGAUGUCCCCUUAAUGGCCCUUGCCUGCUCAGACACCAGCCUCAAAGAAGUCUUGAUUUUCAUCUUUGCUGGAUUCAACAUGAUCAGCUCUUUGACCACUGUUCUUAUUUCUUACUUAUACAUUGUGGCUGCCAUUCUGAGAAUCCAAUCUACAGAAGGCAGGCGCAAAGCAUUCUCCACCUGUGCCUCUCAUCUGACUGCUGUGACUCUGUUCUACGGGACUCUGAUCUUCAUGUACCUGCAGCCCAAAUCAAACCACUCCCUUGACACAGACAAAGUGGCCUCUGUGUUCUAUACAAUAGUCAUUCCCAUGCUGAACCCCAUGAUCUACAGCUUGAGGAACCAAGAGGUAAAAAGUGCCUUGAGAAAAGCCAUUGAAAAAUGUUAUGUCCUGCCUCUAAGAAACUUUAAAAAGUGA